ACUGCGCGAAGAUAUCUUGAAAAUAUUAGUAAAAAAUUAUUCUCUGUUGACUAUUGUCAUUUUGUGAUUUUUGCCGUGUUCAAAUUACACGACUUAAAUUGUUUUUUAACGUUGUAAUAUGUCUUGCGAAGAUGAUACCACAGGCGGAAUACUACGAAGAAACAAAGUAAAACAAACGCAAAGUGAUCUCGACCCACUGGCACUAGCUUUAAAUAACUUUUAUGAAAACCGGGUUCGUUUAGGACUUGAACGAAAAGAAAUAUGCGAAGACAUAGCACAAGCGGUUUCAAAUAAGGUAUUAAAAAAAAUUGAAACUGCGGACAACAGAUUUCGAGAAAAAAGUGUUCUUAGCCAAGGAAUACCUCACGAUGGUUUACAAGCUGAAGAAUCAAUCCAUUUUGAUAUGUUAGUCCAGUUAUCGUUUGGUAAAAGCAGUGCAGUGUUCUUUAGAAAAGAUGACGAUGGAGGUCUACAUGUGCAACCAGAAUCAAGUACAAUAUGGAAGGAUUGUUUGUCAAGAAAUGGUUUUCUUUCCGCAGACAAAGUAAAUAAAAUAUUGCGUUACUACGUUGGCAAAGCUGUCAAAGUACUCCAUCGUUAUAUCAGAAAAGGUGCAAAAGAAAAACUUCCUAAAAGAUUGCGCAGUAUUUCUAUGAAAGAAGGGACGGAGAUCGUGUUAAUUGUCAAUAAGGAUAUCACAAUCAAUUUAUUGCCUGCAUUUGUUUUGCCCGAUUCUCGUGUUGAUCCUGCAAGACAAGAUUGUCCGAGUUCAUCCCACGUCGUAUGUCGACCCUUUCUUGACGAUUCUUCAAUGAAAAUGAGGAUGAUGUGGAAAUGGUGUUUCUUCGUUGCUGAAAAGAACCGCAUUCGGGCGCUCGGUGGCCCAAGUUGCCGCGUUCAGUUGUUACGAAUUCUUACUGAGAUGCGUGACACCCACGAAGGACUGCGAGAGCUUUCUUCGUAUCACUUGAAACAUGUUUUAUUUCACGAAACACAACGUUUGAACGAUGUGAAUCAGUGGGCAAGCAAACACAUUUCUGAGCGUUUUAGAGAUUUAUUAAAACGUUUAGUCGGAUUUCUAGAAGAAGGAAAUUUGCCCCAUUAUUUUAUGCAACCACCCGACUUUGAAGCAGUCAAUUUACUUGAGGGUAUUGAUAGCGGAACUUUGAAGGAAAUGUCCGGGGCUGUUUUGAGGAUACUGCAGGACCCUUUAGAAAGUUUAAGUUGUGAAGGAACUGAGCAAAGACAGUCUUUGUGGCCCUGGGAAUUGGAACUUUUAUCUCCAUAGAUUUUUUAUAGGUUCAUGGACCUUAAAUUUAAA